UCUUUAAUUUACGACGGCAGACCCGACUGCAGACGGCCGCCGACGCCUCGCUCUUCACCAUGCAGGAGUCCGAGAAGACGACAAGCGCCCCAGAGCCCAUGCAGAACGGAGAGGCCAUGAGUCCGGACGCGCAGGACUCCAGGGGACCGCCGGGGGACGAGAGCCAGGGAGCCGUCCCGUCGGCCCCGCCGCUGCCCCAGGAGCCCCUGCCGGGUCCCAGGCCCAAACUGGUGUUUCACACGCAGCUGGCGCACGGGAGCCCCACGGGACGCAUUCACGGCUUCACCAACGUCAGGGAGCUCUACGCCAAGAUCGCCGAGGUCUUCGAGAUAUCCGCUUCUGAGAUCCUCUUCUGCACGCUGAACUCUCACAAGGUGGACAUGCAGAAGCUGCUGGGCGGUCAGAUCGGCCUGGAGGACUUCAUCUUCGCGCACGUGAGGGGGGAAACCAAAGAGGUGGAGGUCGUGAAGACCGAAGACGCGCUCGGCCUGACGAUCACCGACAACGGCGCGGGAUACGCCUUCAUCAAAAGGAUAAAGGAGGGCAGCACCAUUGACCGAAUAAAGACGGUGUGUGUCGGCGAUCACAUCGAGGCCAUCAAUGACCAGAGCAUUGUGGGAUGUCGACAUUACGAGGUGGCGAAGAUGCUGAAGGAGCAGCCGAGAGGAACUCCGUUCACCCUGCGCCUGGUCGAGCCCAAGAAAGCCUUCGAUAUGAUAGGCCAGAGGACGCGAGCGCCGAAGUCCAGCGAGGGCAAAAUGGUGAGCGGGAAAGAGACGCUGCGGCUGCGCUCCAAAGGAUCGGCCACGCUGGAGGAAAUCCCCAGUGAGUUCGAAGACAAGGCCAUCAAGAAAGUCGACGACCUGCUGGAGAGUUACAUGGGGAUCCGAGACCUCGAGCUCGCGACCACCAUCGUGGAAGCCGGGAAGAACAAGAAGAACCCGGAUGAUUUCGCAGAGGCCCUCGACUCCGUUCUGGGCGACUUCGGCUUUCCCGACGUCUUUCUAUUUGACGUUUGGGGCGCUAUGGGAGACGUGAAAAAUGGACGCAUUUAAAGAGUACGUCAGACAUCUGAGAGACAUUCAGCUUGAUUUGUGACGUCUGUCAUCUGUUUUCAUAUACACAAUCCUCCCAAUCCCACCUUUAUCCAGAGGAACGGAGAACGUCAAGGUAUUAGCGGCUAAUCGGCA